AGAACUAUUCCUACUUUGCUAGUAUUAUGAACCUACGAAGAAAAGACAAUUUCCCAUAAGACCUGACCUAUCCAAAUGUCGUCGGAGCUCCGAAUACCACCCAUCGCCGCCGCAACUCCGGCCCUGGAGAAACGGCACCGUUCGAUCUUCGAACUUCCCCAAAACUACUUCUCUUCAUGUCGUCUCCUUCAAUCUCCUACCUCGAUUUACGAGCCACCGCUCCAAAACCCUAAAUUCGAAAGCCUAACCCUAGAUGACUCCGACAAGAAAAAUUCGAUGCAAAAAUGGACUUGUAAUACUUGUAAGACUGAAUUUGAGUCGUUACAGGAUCAGCGGGGGCAUUUUAAGUCUGAUUUGCAUCGAUUUAAUAAGUCAGCAGCAUUGUUUUCACUUCUGAUCGUUAUUAUACGACCUCAGAUAAAGCUAAGUGUUGCUGGAAAGGAUAUCGUGAAGGAGGAAGAUUUUGAUGAGUCUACCUCUGAUGCAUUGUUCAAAGAUUUUGAUGUUUCAAGUAUAUCAGGAUCAGAUGAUGAUGACGAUGACAGAACAGGGGGAAUUCACAAGGCUACAUAUUGCGGAGUGGUUGAAGGUAGUAAAAGGAAACUAUAUUUACAUUUGCAAACUGGGGGAACUAUUUCAGUAUGGAGGAAUAUAAUUAUGGAUGAAUCCCAGCGAAUCGCCUUUGAAAACGAUAAACCUGUAUUUCUUGAGAGUGAUUUGCCACAUUUUACUGAAAAGGAAGUGAUUGAGAAGUUAAAUAACUUGAUCCAUGAACCAAGGAAUAAUACCCAUUUUAGGAUUGUAUUGCUUGCAAGGGGUGGGCACUUUGCUGGCUGUGUAUUUGAUGGAAACUCAGUUGUGACUCAUAAAACUUUUCACAGAUAUGUCAUAAGAGCUGGAGCUGGUAAAAAGCAAUCGUCAAAAGAUGCAAGUGGAAAGAUUGCACAUUCUGCUGGAUCCUCAAUCCGCCGGUAUAAUGAACUGGCCCUGAAAAAGGAAAUUCAAGAAUUACUUGUUGCUUGGAAGCCUUAUUUUGAAGCUUCCUCUUGUAUUUUCGUCCAUGCUCCUUCAAGCAAUCGGCAACUGAUUUUUGAUGGAGAAAAACCAUAUUUAAGCUGGCAGCAUCAUAGUGUUAGAACUGUUCCAUUGACUGUUCGGAGGCCUACCUUCAAGGAAGCAAAAAGAUUAUAUAGCAUACUGACACAAGUUAGCGACGAAGCAGAUGAUUUAUUGCCAAUUUUGAAAGAGGACUCAAAGGUAAUUACAAGCGUUACCACUGAUAGUCAUUCAGGAUGCAGAGAAAAGGAUAGUGUACCAAAUAAUUUAGACAGCCAGGAAGGUACAGAACCUCUUUUUUCUGCCCAAAAAUUGGAAAAUGUAUCUAGAUCAAGUGAGAGUGAGAGUGAAAGUCAGACUGUACUUAGCUCAACACCGUUACAUGAAGCAGCAAAGUCCAAUGAUGCCAAUAAAAUAAUGGAACUUCUGGAAGAAGGCCUGGACCCAUGUAUUAAAGAUGAAAGGGGAAGGACCCCAUAUAUGCUUGCAACUGAGAAGGAAGUAAGGAACACAUUUAGACGGUUUAUGGCUUCAAACAUUGAUAAAUGGGAUUGGAAUGCUGCUAAAGUGCCCAGUCCAUUGACAAAGGAAAUGGAAGAAGCUCAAAAUGCCAAGCAGGCAGAAAAAGAUGCUAAAAGGAAAGCCAGGGCUAAGGAAUUAAAAAAAUUAAAGAAAGCAAAGGAAAAGAAGGCUCAGGCUGAGGCUGCUGCUCAAGCAAAGGAUGUUUCAUCUGUAACCGGAGCAAAGGGGGCAUCAUCAUCUAGUUCACGGCAAUCUCAGGUUCAAGCAACUCCUUUAUCAAGAGAGGAAGAACUCAGGAAAGCACAAGCAGCUGAAAGAGAAAAGAGAGCUGCUGCUGCUGAGAGAAGACUGGCAGCUGCUGCCGCCUCAAAAGAUUCUGUUUCUAAUGCUACUCCAAGCAACUCAUCAGCAAGCAAUACCCUAGCAACGGAUGCAACAUGUUCAUGUUGCAGUGCUUCUUUGGCUGGUAAAGUACCAUUUCAUAGGUAUAGUUAUAAAUACUGCAGCACAUCAUGCAUGUUUGUACACAAGGAGAUCAUUGAAGAUGGGUAGCAGGCAAUAUAAUUGGCUCACACAAUCUCUCCUUAUCAAUGGGAGAGGGAAUAGUGCAUGAUUUACUUUUGUAUUCCCUAGAUUGCUCUCGGUAAAGUUGGAGGAUUAGCCCAAUGAGGCUGAACCUAAACAUGUGCUUGAGAGAGAGUCAUAAAGUUCUUCGUUUCAAAUGCUUGCUAAGAUUUUUUUGACAAUAACUAUACCAUAUAUGGAAUGGUCUUUUGGUAA